AUGGUAGGGAAUAGCCAUGAUGAUUAUGAUGAUGAUCCUGAGCAGCAGUACUCCCUUGAUCUGAAGGAGAAUGACAAGUUCUUCUCUAGGCUUAUGGCCAAGGAAACCUCGGCCCCCAACUCUUCUUGCAGGGUUCUUUACUAUGGAAGAGCAUCGAGUGCAGUUCCAUUCACAUGGGAGUCACAGCCAGGCACCCCUAAGCACGCGGCCAUCUCCGAGUCCUCUUUCAUCCCAGCUCUCCAGAUCACACCCCCUCCUAAUUCCCAUUACUGCGCUAAUUCCAAAUCCAAGUCCAACUCCGUGAAGAAGAUCAACUCAAAGCCAAACCCAUUUUAUACCAAUAUUUUUCCCAAGUUGCUGACUACUACUUAG